AACGGCGGAGAUUUGCCCUUGCAGACUGGGAAACAAGAAUUCGACCUCCCCUAUGAAAGCCAUCCCCUUAUCUUCUUCUUCUUCUUCUUCUUCUUCUUCUGCGUAGUCCUGCAAGAGAAUAUCUCUGUAUCUGUGCUAUCAGAUGCUCUCUAGACUCAUGGAAGCACUAUGCCCUUUACUUACACAGCCCACCGUAUCCAAACUUCAUCAACCCACCACCAUCCAUCACAUUCCCGGCAAGCCGUACGUUCCGAAUCUCAUGACACGACGGGCCGCGGUUACGGCCCUAACUUCCCUUCUACUCUCGUCGAAAUCAGCCCUCUUUAUGGAAAUUCCAGCUAUCGGGGGGACACUACUGCCAGAAUUCAAUUUCAACAUGGUGGCACCGGACCAGACGUUUGAGGAGGCGAUGUCUGGAGUUCGGGAUGACGCGGAGUCCUUAUUGGAAGUCAGGUCCUUGCUCGAGUCCCAGUCCUGGGGGGAGGCUCAGAGGGCUAUGAGGAAGGCCUCUGUCCAGUUGAAGAAAGACAUAUAUACCAUCAUCCAGAACAAGCCGGGGAAUGAGAGGCCUCAGCUCAGGAAGCUCUACUCCGACCUCUUCAAUGGAGUCACCAGGCUAGAUUACGCUGCUCGGGACGCGGAUGACGCUCGUGUUUGGGAGUGUUACGGGAGGAUUACCGAAGCUCUUGGUGAGAUCUUGUCUAGGAUAUGACAAUUUUUUAUUGCAAUAUGGUAAUAAUCCAUUGGUCAUUCGCCAUUUAACUCCCGAGCUACAUACCACAUCACAGGCCUAUGGAAUAGGUAUUUUGCUGGUUUGGUUAUAAGACCGCGUUGUGAUUUUCAUCC